AGUUGGGAGCGCUGUGUAACUUAGGCUAACCUCCUACCAUGGGCCGGGAUAUGGCAGGUCUCGAGUUUAAGCUUCAAAUUUGGGCCGAAUUUACAGCAGACCAUUAUUAGUGUGACGAUACUCUUUUUUUGUUUUUGGCUCCGAUGAUGCUUCUGUUUGUCGAUAUUUUCUGCCGUUAGUAGUAUCUCUACUUAAAGAUGCAUCGAAACAAAAUUUAUCGAUACCAACAACUCUUUUCUCUACCCCUCUCUCUCUCCGUCUGAAGCUUUGGAAUGAUGAAUGCUCUUUCGAAUUCGUUUGUUUCACCCAGAAAUCCUCAAACCCAGUUCUCAUCUGGUUCUUCUUUGGCGCAAGUGGACCAAUGUCUUGGCUCCAGUAAGUUGUUUAUCAGCCCUACUUCCCAGAGAAAAGCAAAACUUCUAAAAUACAGAAGAUCACUUAAAGUGAGAGCAGGUACGGAUGGUGGAAGAGGAAGUGGUCCAAGUGUCUUUGUUGGUGGCUUUGUAUUGGGAGGAAUUGUUGUUGGAACAUUAGGUUGCGCAUUUGCACCUCAGAUUAGCAAGGCACUAGCAGGAGCUGACGGAAAAGAUUUGAUGAGAAAGCUUCCGAAAUUUAUAUAUGACGAAGAGAAAGCUUUAGAGAGGACACGCCAAGUGCUGUCUGAGAAGAUUGCACAGCUGAACUCUGCCAUAGAUGGUGUUUCUGCUCAGCUUCAUGCAGAUGAUGAACCUAAUGGAGUUGCAGUACACCCAGAUGAACCAGUACACCCAGAUGAACUUGAGUAUUCCAUAUAACAAAAUUCACUUUAGAACUGUGAUGACUAUCACUUGUUACAUCUACUCUGCUGUCAACAAUAAUGUCCGAAAUCUCUCAAGUCUUUUCUCUAAAUUCCGUAAAAUGAAUUCAGGUUCAUGACCUGCCUCUGGAAAAAAUGUAUUUUGAAAAAUUGUUCUCAUCAGAAACUUCCACGAUUAUGGGAAGACUCGUCCCUUGGACUUGCAGGCCUUAUACGCUUGUUUUGUUUCUAUAAACAAUGGCUUUUACCAUCA